AUGAAGUUCCAGGCCAUCCUUCUUGCUGCUGCCACUUCAAGUGCCGUCAUGGCCCAUGGCUACCUCAAAGACCCACCCCAUGGCGAAGUGGUUCCUCGUCAGGACACUGUCAUUCCUCCUCCUGGUUUCGACACUCGCCAGGUCCGCCCUGACAUCGAUGUCGGUGGUUCUCAGUCUCCUCGUGGACCAGGCAGCCGUCGCCAGGUCCGCCCUGACAUCGAUGUCGGUGGUUCUCAGUCUCCUCGUGGACCAGGCAGCCGUCGCCAGGUCCGCCCUGACAUCGAUGUCGGUGGUUCUCAGUCUCCUCGUGGACCAGGCAGCCGUCGCCAGGUCCGCCCUGACAUCGAUGUCGGUGGUUCUCAGUCUCCUCGUGGACCAGGCAGCCGUCGCCAGAUCCGCCCCAACAUCGAUGUUGGUGGUUCUCAGUCUCCUCGUGGACCAGGCAGCCGUCGCCAGGAAAUGGAGAACUAA